GUGCUUCACUGUUUCAAAGUGACAGCUAUAAGGGGUCAAAACCCAUAUCUUUGAUUGAAUGAAAUAUUAGGGUUUCCUUUUUAUUUUAGGCCAACCCCAUCUCUCACAUUUGCUUAAAAAAGAGAGAGAAAAAGAGUUGUAGAAGGAAAGGUGCAAUAAGGGUUCUUGGUUGUCUUGUACCAAACUCAUUUGGUUCUUCUUAAAUUUUGUGGGUUUGGGUUGGUGAGUUGUGUAUAUGUUCAUCACUUUUUAUUGGGCUUAAGGCGGUGCAAACUUGCUGUAGUAAAAUCUUAUAUAGACUUUUCCUGAGUAUUUUGGUGUAUAUAAAUAUGAAAAGUUUCUAGGUAGUGUCCAAUGGGAAGUUGAGAUCUUGAUAAAAAUAUGAUCUUUACCAUUUAGAAAAGAGUGGUGUGUGUUUGUGUGUAAUAGGAAGUUACAGUCUUUUCAUACCAAAGCUUUGAUCUUUUUACCAUUUAGAAGAGAGUGGUCUGUGUGUGUAACAGGAAGUUACAGUCUUUUCAUACCAAAGGUUUGAUAGUUUUACCAUUUAGAAAAGAGUGGUGUGUGUGUAACAGGAAGUUACAGUCUUUUCAUACCAAAGCUUUGAUAUUUUUACCAUUUUGAAAAGAGUGGUGUGUGUGUGACAGGAAGUUACAGUCUUUUUAUACCAAAGCUUUGAUCUUUUUGUUUUUGGGGUUUAGUUUGUGGUUACUGGCUAAGUUUUGAUGAGUUUUGGAGGCUUCAUUGGUGGCAGUAGUAGUAGUGGUGGUAACGGUGGCGGUGACAGUGGUUGUGGGGUUUCAAGAGUGGUGGCUGAUAGUCCAUUUGAAGCCAUGCCCAUUGCUACCAUUGCUCAGUCACAACUUAUAACAUCACCUUUACCUCAGUCUAUGUUUAACUCUUCACCACUGUCUCUUGCUCUUAAACCAAAGAUGGAAGGUGUAGGUGACAUGGGUAUGAUAGGGGAAAAUUUUGAUGCUGUUGCAAUGGGAAGGUCUUCUAGAGAGGAUGAAUAUGAGAGCAGGUCUGGCAGUGAUAACUUAGAUGGUGGUGGAUCGGGCGAUGACCUGGAAACUCCCCUUGGUAAAUCAUCGAGAAAAAAGAAAUACCAUAGGCACACCCCGUACCAAAUUCAAGAACUUGAAGCUUCUUUUAAAGAGAAUCCACACCCUGACGAAAAAGCAAGACUUGAACUUGGUAAGAGACUGACAUUGGAGAGCAGGCAGGUAAAGUUUUGGUUCCAGAAUAGAAGAACCCAAAUGAAGACCCAAUUGGAACGCCAUGAAAAUGCAAUCUUGAAGCAGGAAAAUGAUAAGCUUCGCAUAGAGAACAUUGCGAUGAAGGAAGCUAUGAGAAGUCCAAUGUGCAGCCACUGUGGCGGUCAGGCAAUUCUUGGUGAGAUACACAUUGAAGAGCAUCAUAUAAGGAUUGAGAAUGCCCGGCUGAAAGAUGAGCUCAAUAGGAUAUGUGUCCUGGCUAACAAGUUUUUGGGCAGGCCUUUGGGAUCUUUCCCUGGCUCAAUGGGCCCACCCGGCAUGGUUAAUUCUGGUUUGGAACUUGCGGUGGGAAGAAAUGGCUUUGGUGCUAUGAACUCCGUUGACACUGCAUUGCCAAUGGGACUUGAUUUUGGCAAUGGUAUCUCAAGUGCUCUAACAGGGAUGUCCCCUAGGCCCACCCCAAGCAUGACUGGUAUGGAUGUAUCCUAUGAUAAGUCCAUGUUAAUGGAGCUUGCCUUUGCUGCCAUGAAUGAGCUGCUUAAGCUGGCUGAGAUUGGUGAUCCUCUUUGGUUUAGAAACUUUGAUGGAAGUGCGGAAGAAUUGAACCUUGAGGAGUAUGCUAGGUCUUUUCCUCCAUGUAUUGGCAUGAAACCUGCCAACUUCACUGCAGAAGCAACAAAGGCAACUGGUACAGUGAUGAUCAACAGUCUGUCCUUGGUGGAGACUCUGAUGGACACAAGUCGAUGGGUGGAGAUGUUCUCAUGCAUUGUUGGCAGAACCUCUACAAUUAACGUGAUCUCCAGCAGCUCAAGUGGAAGCAGGAAUGGCAAUUUGCAAUUGAUCCAAGCUGAGUUCCAAGUUCUGUCUGCUUUAGUUCCUGUACGUCAAGUAAAGUUUCUACGCUUCUGCAAGCAACAUGCUGAAGGUGUCUGGGCAGUGGUGGAUGUGUCUAUUGACGCAAUCCAGGAAGGUUCACAACCACGUGAAGCUGGAAACUGCAGGAGGCUCCCUUCUGGAUGUAUUGUGCAAGACUUGCCCAAUGGUUACUCCAAGGUUAUUUGGAUUGAGCACAUGGAAUAUGAUGAGAGUACCGUCCACAAUUACUACCACCCUUUCAUCAGGUCUGGCCUGGGCUUUGGCGCCCAACGGUGGAUUGCUACCCUGCAAAGGCAAUGCGAGUGCUUGGCAGUCAUCAUGUCUUCUGCUGUACCCAGUGGCGAUAACACAGUUGUUAGUCCCAGUGGUCGGAGAAGUAUUGCAAUGCUGGCUCGACGCAUGACUCGCAACUUUUGUGGCGGGGUUUGUGCAACCUUUUACAAGUGGGAAACAAUCCAAACAGGGACUGCAGAUGAGACUAAGUUGAUGAUGAGGAAGAGCAUUGGUGACCCUGGUGAGCCUCCUGGUGUGGUGUUGAGUGCCACCAGGACCAUCUGGCUGCCGGUAACACAUCAACGUUUGUUUGACUUCCUGCGAAAUGAACAAACUAGAAGUCAAUGGGAUGUCUUGUCCCAUGGUGGUCCCAUGCACCAAAUAGUCCACAUUGCAAAGGGUCAAGAUCUCGGGAAUAGCAUCUCUCUCUUUCGUGCUAAUGUGGCUGCCGGCGAUGCUAAUCAAAAUAGUAUGCUGAUCUUGCAAGACUCGUGCACGGAUGUAUCCGGUUCAAUUGUAGCAUAUGCAGCAGUUGAUACUGCAGAAAUGAAUGUUGUGAUGAGUGGUGGAGAUUCCUCCUGCGUGGCUUUCCUGCCAUCUGGAUUUGCAAUAGUUCCAGACUGUUUUGAGAAUUCUAACGGGGUUACUAACAAUGGAAUGGUCGAAAAAGAGGGCAAUGGGGGUGGCAGUAAUGGAUCUCUGUUGACUUUGGGAUUCCAAAUAUUGGUAAAUAACUUGCCUGCUGCAAAGCUCACUAUGGAAUCCGUCAACACUGUAAAUGCCCUCAUCUCCCGUACACUGCAGGGCAUAAAAACUGCUUUCCAGUGCAGUUAGUUCCCAAUCCAAGUUGGUAACGAUUGGUUUGGCAGUCCAUGUUUUUACUCUUUUGCUUUUCUGGGUAUAUCUUUUAAGCUAUAUAAGUCUGAGAAUUAACGUGCAACGAAGUGUGGUGCAUGUUAAGACUCAAACUGUACAAGGUGAUAUAGAAAAGGGGGGGUUUUAGUCAAGAACGAACCGAGGUGGUUCCUCAGGAUGAUUAGUAUUUUGCAUGAUUUAUUCAGCUUUUUGACAAGGCAGUGAGGAGAUUGGUGGUUCGGGUAUUGACUCUGGUGCCCCUUGAGAUAAUUGUGUGAUCUUCUGUAGCUAUGUGUUUUAUCUCUUGUUGAAAAAGAUGGUACACUACAUGGUUUGUUUUUUGUCCCUGUUUGAACCAGAUAUGUUUUUUGGGUGCUAUAUGGUGUAAUCAAACAGUCUAAACUUAUUUAUAUGGUUUAAUGUAUUGCUUUUUUGUUCACCUGAA